UUAUUUCACAGUUCAGCUUCCAUCAGUACUUUUAACAGGUAUUGAGUGUAAUGUUAGACUGCCCCUCAGCUAGAGUGACGAGCGUUUUUCCUUCUAAAGUCCCUCUGUUAAAUUACGACAUUGCCUCAUAUUCAGCUGGGUUAUUAGUGAAGUAGUAUCUGUUUUCUCCCAGAGGGAUUGAAUGAAGAAGUCUCAGUUCACAAAGUUCUAGCAUUAAAUGGAGCCAGAAGUCUUUGCAUUACCUCAAAAAUGUCAUUGCAAAAUAUGUCCCAAGGUUGGGAUGCUGUUACCUGGCAACUGAUUACUGUCUGUCUGAAUGCCUGUGAUAGAGUGACUUAUGUCCAGUUGCUGUAGUAUCUGAUUUUUGCCUGAAUUAUCAGGCAAUGCUUUGUGUGAGUAAAUUGGGAAUUGCUGUGCAGAAAACGAAGGUUAUGGGGUGUAUUCUGUCUUUUCUUUCAGUGCUCUAUAUUGAGUUCAAAAUUGAGAUAGGUGAACUGAACGCUCCACCAGUGUUACAGCUGUGUGUCCUUUUCUGCAGUAGGCAAGAUCACCACCAGCAUGACUGAGUGUUUCCAUUGGAGCCCUCUGGCCUUACAAUGCUAUCUUUAUUGAACUGACUAGAAGGUAUCAAAAUGUGAGGUCAGAACAGCUUGACUUCAGAGGGUUUAGACCAUUAAAGCAAAGUUUGCUGAAGUCUGUUGAGCUGCUCCUGAAGGCUGUCACCAAGAGACACAAUCCAAAGGAGUUUAUGCUGUGGCAGAAGCAAGAAUUGGUGGUGGGCCUGAAAGCAAAUAGUACUACUCACAAAUGUUAAAGGAGAUGCCUCUGAGAAAGAAGCAGAACCAGUCAGAACAGAGAUCAUCACCCAGGAGCUGUUGGCUUCAGUAUCCACAACAGCAUGGCAGGAAGUAAUGGUCUAACUCGGAGCUCUAAAGUAUGGCAUCUCUCACAGAUCUGUCAUUUGUCCCCUCUUCUUCCAGUGUUUAGCUUUUGACCCUAUGUCUUCCAGCCAGUUAAAGCUAUUGUCAACAUAAGAGACAAAUCGGAGCUUCUCAGUGCUACUUUCAGGAGUGUAUUCUCUCUGACCUCACUAGCUGCAUUGCAAGAACAGGCUUGGGGUACGCUUGUUGCCAAGCUGCAAAAUAACUAUAGUCAUACCUCCCAGUUCCUGUCACAAGCCCUAGGCUAUCUUCAAGGUCCAGACAUAGUGAUGAGAGAUGUUGCAGGAAUGCUUAUUAAAACAGUUCGUUUGGAUGAAGUAAUCUUUCCUGCAACCUAUUACUUGAAGUUCUUUAUCUCCAGCUUCAUGGUGAAGGUUUGGGAUGGAUUGACAAAGUCUCUCCUCCUUUCCUCUGGUUGCGGAGCUGCUGCAGUAGCAUCAAGAGAAACAAAAGCCUAUGAGGACUUGUGCCUCCCUGCUCACAGAUGGAAGACACCAAGGAAAAAAUUAUCCUGAAUGUUGGAGGAAUCAGAUAUGAAACAUACAGCAGCACUCUCCGCACCUUCCCAGGGACCAAGUUGUGCAGCCUUACGGAGCCCCAUGCCCCAAGCAUCUAUGACUAUGAUCCCACCGCUAAGGAGUUCUUUUUUGAUAGGAGUGCUGAGAUCUUCAGCUAUGUAUUGAACUACUAUAGGACCAAACGUCUGCACUGCCCCAUAGAUAUCUGUAGGUCAGUCUUAGAAGAAGAGCUGGCCUUCUGGGAAAUAAGUGAGACACAGCUAGCAUCCUGCUGCUGGCUGAAGCUGAAUAACAAAGAGGUGCAGACAGAGGAGUUUCACACUUGGGAUGAAAACGAUCAAGCUGAUGACCAGUGCCUCGUAGUGCAGACGGAAAGAAUGGAUUUCAGCUGGAGAACCAGGUGGCAGCCAAAGAUUUGGUCUAUCUUUGAAAAACCCUUUUCCUCUUUCAGUGCUAAGUGCCUGGCUUUUGUUUCUCUGCUGUUCAUCAUUGGAAUUGUCAUCAUAUUCUGUGAGGAGACCAAGGCACAAUUUGAGUUCUUCACUGCUAACUUCACCUUUGUUGGCCAUUCUGAGGUUGCCCACAACUACCAUGAACCCUAUUACCACCAGGCUGCCUACUUGCUUCAUCUGGAGCUUUUCUGUGUCCUUUGGUUUACUUUCGAGUUCUCUGUGAGAUUUUGUGUCUGCCCAGACAAAAAGAAAUUCUUCCAGAAUCCCCUGAACAUGGUUGACUUCCUCUCCCUCUUCCCAGUUUAUAUUGAACUCUUUGUGGAUGGGCAGAUUCAGAGAACGCCAAGUUUGGGGCUUUGGCUGGGCUUUAUUCGCAUUGUCUAUCUCCUCAAACUCCUGAAGAUAUCCAAGCUGAUAGAAACCCCACUGAUCCUCAGAGUUCUAUCCUACACCCUCAAGUCUAUCCUCCGAGAGAUCUGCAUCCUGCUGAUGAUUUUGGCCUUUGAGACCCUUUUCUUUGGCUCUCUCUUUUUCUAUGGGGAGUUGCUUUGUAGCAGUCCUUCCUACGCAGGGGAGCUGCACUUCACUGACAUUUUUGUUUGCUUCUGGUGGGCUCUGAUCACACUCACUACAGUGGGCUAUGGAGACAUCAUCCCUCUCACCACUGUUGGCCAAGUGAUGGCAGCCUUAGCUGCGGUAUUUGGCAUGUUAACUAUUAUCAUCCCAAUCCCCAUUUUCCUGGUGAAAUUUAAAAGCUAUUAUGCCAUCGCUGUCUUCAAACAGAAGCUGAAAAGGUGCAGGAACCAUUAACCUUAUUGAUUUUAGAGCUUCUGUCCCCCUUUGCCCUUGAGCAAUAAGCCUUCAGCAUAGCUUAUUCUCUUUGGUGGGAAGAGAGAACGUAUAGUCCCUGCUGCAUUUACUUGCUGAACAACUGAUCAGACCUGUUGAAUUCCAUGGGUCUUUCCCACGUUGUACCUCAUCCCAUGCUCUUUUAUGUGCCACAGUGUGUCUCUCUCUGUCUCUCUCUGUCUCUCUCUGUCUCUCUCUGUCUCUCUCUGUCUCUCUCUGUCUCUCUCUGUCUCUCUCUGUCUCUCUCUGUCUCUCUCUGUCUCUCUCUGUCUCUCUCUGUCUCUCUUCACAGAAAGAGUCUGUGAUGCUGCAUUAAGGCCUGAACAUGCAUCAUGUAGCACAGUACCAUGCUCUGAGGCCGCAGUGGGUCCCUCAGCUGGUGCACAACCCAUGAUGCCAGCUCUGCCCUCUAUCACCUUACAGGCCAAAAAUCUCAUUUUACACGCUGGGAAAAAAGAUUUGUGCAGGGUCCUGAACUGAAACUGGGGAGGAAUCAGGGAUUUUUUAACAAUGUUCUGUUGCCAUGUUUUAUUAAUGAGGCCAAUCCAUCCAAUGUGCCUGCACUCACACUCUGGUGUAAAGAAGGGAGCAGGCUAAAUUGGACAUCUGUGGUCCUGAGAGCCAGCAUUGUUCAUUAGCCUGCUUUGUGGGCUCACAGGAAUUGUUGUAGCAUUCAGCAUUCAGCAACAAGGGAGCCCUCCAACUGCAAAUCCUUUUGGGCUCUGCUGAAGUCAAUAGCAAUGUUUCCUUGGCCUCAGUGAGAUCAAAAUUUCAUUGGCCACUUCCAGUUAAUCAGCACUUAAAGAUUUUUAUGUAACAAAAUCACUGAGCUAUUAGUCAAAAUAUCAAUGUAGUUUUUGCUUUCUUGUUCUUCUAAAAGGAAGAACAUAAUCUGAAGUACUUGGCAUAAUUUUAAUGACAUUUAUUUCCUUAAGGCAUAGUUAUAAAAUAGAAAUAUUUAACUUUUAACUGGAUAGCCUUAAUUGUUACAUAUAUUUUAGUUUGAAAUAACAAACAUUGUUGAGGUAUGAAAAAAAUAAUCGCAUCCCAUUGUUAAUAUAGUAGGGGUGAUGACCUAAGAUUAUUUUGUUUAAUAAUUAAAAAUUG